AUGGAGCACCUAGCCCUCACUCCACAAACAGCCCCUGGAAGAAGAGACCUUCGAUCCCUAGGACCUUCUAGGGAAGAUCCCUUGAAGAAGGGAAAGAAGAUUUUUAUUCAGAAGUGUGUCCAGUGCCAUACCAUGGAAAAGGCAGGCAGGCACAAGACUGAGCCAAGUCUCCAUGGUCUUUCUGGGCAAAAGACAGGUCAAACCCCUGGAUUUUCUUACACAGAUUCCAACAGGAACAAAGGCAUCUCCUGGGGAGAGGAGACACUGAUGGGGUAUAUGGAGAAUCCCAAGAAGUACAUUCGUGGAACAAAAAUGAUCUUCACGGGCAUUAAAAAGAUGGCAGAAAGGGCAGACCUAAUAACUUAUCUCAGAAAAGCUACUAAUGAGUAA